AUGAAGACAGUGCUCAGCAUCCGCGGCGCCCAGGAGGAGGAGCCCCCAGAUGCGCAGCUCAUGCGGCUGGACAACAUGCUGCUGGCCGAGGGCGUUUCCGGGCCGGAGAAAGGCGGGGGGUCUGCGGCGGCGGCGGCGGCUGCGGCGGCGGCAGGGGGCAUGGGCGCCGACAACUCAGCCGAGCACUCCGACUACCGGGCCAAGCUGUCCCAGAUCAGACAAAUCUACCACACGGAGCUGGAGAAGUACGAGCAGGCUUGCAACGAGUUCACCACCCACGUGAUGAACCUGCUGCGGGAGCAGUCCCGGACACGGCCCAUCUCGCCCAAAGAGAUCGAGCGCAUGGUGGGCAUCAUCCACCGCAAGUUCAGCUCCAUCCAGAUGCAGCUCAAGCAGAGCACCUGCGAGGCCGUCAUGAUCCUGCGCUCCCGCUUCCUCGACGCCAGACGAAAGAGGAGGAACUUCAACAAGCAGGCGACGGAGAUUCUGAACGAGUACUUCUACUCCCACCUCAGUAACCCGUAUCCCAGCGAGGAGGCCAAAGAGGAGCUGGCCAAGAAGUGCAGCAUCACGGUGUCGCAGGUUUCAAACUGGUUCGGGAACAAGAGAAUCCGAUACAAGAAAAACAUCGGAAAGUUCCAAGAAGAGGCCAACAUGUAUGCAGCGAAGACCGCAGUCAAUGCGACCAACGUGUCCGCUCACGGAAGCCAGGCCAACUCUCCAUCCACUCCCAACUCAGCAGGUUCCGCCGGCUCUUUUAACAUGUCAAACUCCGGAGACUUGUUCAUGAGUGUGCAGUCCCUCAAUGGGGACUCGUACCAAGGGGGCCAGGUUGGGGCCAACAUACAAUCCCAGGUGGAUACCCUUCGCCAUGUUAUCAGCCAGACCGGAGGAUACAGUGACAGCCUCGCCGCCAGCCAGAUGUACAGUCCACAGGGCAUCAACACAAACGGUGGCUGGCAAGACGCUCCGACCCCUUCGUCGGUGACAUCACCCACAGAAGGACCCGGCAGUGUUCAUUCGGACACCUCCAACUGAAUAUUCCAAUCUGACCCCGUCGUCCACAGGAAGUGAACUGACUUUGCUAUUCACAGUAUUAAAGAUGUUGGAAUUCAUCAUUCCCCGGAGUCUGGAGAGGGUGCUGUGAAGUCCUAACUAGAAAAAAAAAAAGAAACUUUCCUCUGCCGUCAUGUUGGACAUUUGGUUUACAAAACUAAAAAUCUCCCAGUGCGAAUUGGAGCAGUGCUGUGGUGGGCGGAGGUGUUUGUACAGAUCACGCGUUAUGUUCUGAGGGCUGGGUACUCUUCACUUGUGGUGUGUUCACUCAUAACGAUGAGAUGAUGUGAUAAGAUAGGUAAAUCAACCCAUUGGUUUUGACUUAAAAUACUUCAUUCUACCUCUCAGCCAAUAACAAAAAAAGAAGAGAAAAAUGUCAGUGACCAUUAUUUGUUUUGUAGAAAUGACGGUUUUGUCUUUGCAAGCAAGAGGCACAUCUCCCUCCCUACGUUUUGCUGUCUCGCGUGUUCGAUGGUACGCCAUGUAGACCUAAAUAUUGCUCCGUUGUUUACAAAGUGUGCUUGGUGAAUAAAGUAUGUCCGUCUCCCCUCCGUCUGCACAGAGUCAGGGGGUCUGUGUGUGGAGGCAGUCAGUCUCUCCUGUGAAGUACUGUAUCAUCUGCAAAACAUGAAUAAACUUCCACUCCGACAAGCUGGACUGACACCGUUCAUUAAGACGAGGAGAGCCACCCGCCCACCUUCUGUAACUCUUCAUUAUGUUCUUGCUGCAUCACAAAGGUGGAGAACAUAUCCAUCGUGGACCUCGCGAGGAAAACAGGAAUCUGCUCCUGUGUACUAUUGUGUUUUUGUUCUGAACCCAGAAAGUCCCCAGCGACUUUUUUAUUGACCGGCCUCUCUGAUGAUUGGAUAUGUUUUUGAUAAUGUUAACACGCUGCUGUCGACCAAAACUAUUGUUUAACGUGUUGCCAUCAAAACGGUGUAGUUAUUAGUAAUAUAUACUUACAACAGACUAGGAGUCUAUACAUCCACCCUCGGUGUGUGGCAUAAUGUGUUUUCCAGCAGUUGAUUUGCAUAUGUAUUCAUUUCCACCUGUCCAACAUUGGUGCUAUAAUCAAACCUGAUGAAAAACUAGAAUUCCCUCUCGGGUAUAAGAGAUAAUGAUGCGGUCAUGUAACAACACGAUGCGGUCAUGUAACAACACGAUGCGGUCAUGUAACAACAUGAUGCGGUCAUGUAACAACACGAUCUGGUCAUGUAACAACACGAUCUGAUCAUGUAACAACACGAUCUGGUCAUGAUCCAGUCAUGUAACAACAUGAUGCGGUCAUGUAACAACAUGAUGCGGUCAUGUAACAACACGAUCUGGUCAUGUAACAACACGAUGCGGUCAUGUAACAACAUGAUGCGGUCAUGUAACAACACGAUGCGGUCAUGUAACAACACGAUCCGGUCAUGUAACAACAUGAUGCAGUCAUGUAACAACACGAUCCGGUCAUGUAACAACACGAUCCAGUCAUGUAACAACACGAUCCGGUCAUGUAACAACAUGAUGCGGUCAUGUAACAACAUGAUGCGGUCAUGCAACAACACGAUCUGAUCAUGUAACAACACGAUCUGGUCAUGAUCCUGUCAUGUAACAACACGAUCUGAUCAUGUAACAACACGAUCUGGUCAUGUAACAACAUGAUCCGGUCAUGUAACAACAUGAUCCGGUCAUGUAACAACACGAUCUGGUCAUGUAACAACAUGAUGCGGUCAUGUAACAACACGACCUGGUCAUGUAACAACACGAUCUGGUCAUGUAACAACAUGAUCCGGUCAUGUAACAACACGAUAUGAUCAUGUAACAACACGAUGCGGGCAUGUAACAACACG